UGCGGGCAGGCGCGCGUGUCGGGCCCCCCCGGAACCAGACUGGAAGGAGGCUGUUCCUAAUUGCGCUGCUUUGCUCCGUACUCGUAGGUCCUGAAAGCAAAGUUCUAGAAGGCUGAAGUGCGGUGGGCUGGCUUCCCUAACCUCUUUCCUCGGUCGCACCAUUAUUUUUAUAUCAAAAGCGGGAAGACAAAGGCGGGUUUGAUGUUUUGCGUGGCACCCGUUGGAACAGGACCCAUCAUGAAUGUCACGAAGGGUGGGCUGGUCCUGUUCUCAGCCAACUCCAAUCCCUCCUGCAUGGAGCUCUCCAGGAGAAUCGCUGAGCGACUGGGUGUAGAGAUGGGCAAAGUUCAGGUGUACCAGGAGGCAAACAGAGAAACAAGGGUGCAGAUUCAGGAGUCGGUGAGAGGCAAGGAUGUUUUCAUUAUCCAGACUGUUUCGAAGGAUGUGAACACCACCAUCAUGGAGCUCCUGAUCAUGGUGUACGCCUGCAAAACGUCUUGUGCCAAAAGCAUCAUCGGCGUGGUCCCCUACUUCCCCUACAGCAAGCAGUGCAAGAUGCGGAAACGGGGCUCCAUCGUCUCGAAGCUUCUGGCUUCGAUGAUGUGCAAGGCAGGGCUGACUCACCUGAUCACCAUGGACUUGCACCAGAAGGAAAUCCAGGGCUUCUUCAAUGUCCCUGUGGACAACCUGAGGGCAUCGCCGUUUCUGCUGCAGUACAUUCAGGAGGAGAUUCCGGACUACAGGAAUGCUGUGAUUGUGGCCAAAUCUCCUGCGUCUGCGAAGAGGGCGCAGUCGUUUGCCGAGCGCCUGAGGCUGGGCAUCGCCGUGAUCCACGGAGAGGCUCAGGAUGCCGAGUCUGACCUGGUGGACGGGCGCCAUUCCCCCCCGACUGCCAAAAGCGCUGCCGCCAUUCACCCCAGCCUAGAGAUACCCAUGCUGAUUCCGAAAGAGAAACCGCCCAUCACUGUGGUUGGAGAUGUCGGGGGAAGAAUAGCCAUCAUUGUGGAUGACAUCAUCGAUGACGUGGACAGUUUCCUUGCAGCUGCAGAGACCCUCAAAGAGAGGGGCGCCUAUAAGAUUUUUGUCAUGGCCACCCACGGCCUCCUCUCCUCUGACGCCCCCCGGUUGAUAGAGGAGUCUGCCAUCGAUGAGGUUGUGGUCACAAACACCAUUCCUCACGAGAUUCAAAAACUGCAGUGCCCCAAAAUUAAGACCGUGGACAUCAGCCUGAUCCUCUCGGAGGCCAUCCGCAGAAUCCAUAAUGGGGAGUCCAUGUCGUACCUUUUCAGAAACAUAGGGCUAGACGACUGACGGCUUCCUGGGGAGGCUUGAAGAAGAGAAGAUUAUUUUCAGGGGCCAAACUGGACAUGGACAGAAACCCAGCUGUGAAACUUUGUGGCUUAAACUUUGUAUUUCAAUGGAAUCCAUUUUUGAUUAGAUUGCUCCUCCCCCUUCCCUUCCCUUCUUUCUGAUGGUUUAAAUUUAGUUGAUAAAAUUCUCAGAGCUAUUUUCUUUAUGAUUUUUUUUUGAGAGAGAGAGAGGAAAAAAAAGAUUUUAUCAAAAAGUACCCCCCCCCAAAAUAGUUCUAGAGGCUGUUAGAUUAGCUGCGCAAUUUUGACGGGGAGAGCCCCAUGCAGUUUUCCUGCUCCAGCUUCCUUGCAGUGAAUCCUGCUGAUGAUUUUCCUCUUUUGGGGGCAAGAGGUGGCAGUCCUGGUGGCAGGAGGAAUUGUGCCUCGGGGGCAUUUAUUCCAAACGUGGGUCCACAGUUGGCAUGGAGCCCUUGUUCCUAGACUAUGUCGUCCCAGCAAAUAUUAAGAGCCUUGCACUCCCUAGAGCUUGAGAAAAAGGCACCGAUGUCAGACUCGGCGCUCGUCUUGUGAAAACAGCCGCUUCCAUUCGUUUCCAUCCCUCGUGUGCAACUGUGUGUAUCUUCCCGUGAGACUCGCGCAAGAGAUGUUGCCCUGCCUAUUGGAGGAAAAGGUGUCCUGUGCUGGGCGUAAUGUUCCUUCCCGCUCCUCCCAGCUUGCUUUCAAGUGCUUCAAAGCGUCGUUAUAUGAAUGGUAGCUACGGCUUAGAGUUUGCAUCCUCUGAGACCAGCCAGAAAAGAAAGCCGCGCCGUUGUACGCAGUUCCGUGACAUUUUUUGUAACCGUGCUUUUAUAGGAAAAACAUAAGGAACGUGCACUGGUAUUUAUUUUCUGCCACAAAUAAAUGACUUUGGUUUUGCGCGAGCAUCUUAGGAAA